UUUUAUCUUCACUUCGAUCGUGCUUAGCCGACCCCAUUCUCUUCCUCUCAAGUCGCUCUUCGCAGCCCUUUUUCCCUCUUCAGAUUCCCAGACUUCGAUCGUACUUCGCCUUCUUCGAUCCUUCCCACUCAAUUUGCUCUUAGACUGCGACGCUAAUUGAGCACAAAAAGGUAGGGUUUCGAGGUGAAGGCAAAAGCUUCUCACUUUUUUCUUUGGUCCGUAUUUCAGUGCGCCCCCCUCGUACUACUCUGCCGUCCUCGAUCGACCGAGGGGAGCAAUCUCAAGUUUGGUUUUUUUAUCCUAGCGGUGGACCCAUCAUCAUCUAGGGUUCCUAGUCAUCAUCCGGCCAUAUCUUCCUUCAUCGAUCAGCUUCAGCGCAGUCUACAUCUCUGGCGAAGUUUGAAGCCGGAGGGAUGGACAGGCUGAGAGCGAAGGCUGGAUUUGAAGUUUACUUCAAAGCUAGGGAAAGAGAGAGCAGGUGAGAUGUCAUACAUGAGGGGAGAUCUUUUGACAAGGAUGAGGAAGCUUGUGAAGGGUCUUGCGAGGCCAACUCCCGUUUGGCUCAAGGCCAUGGAAGAGGCUCCUCCGGUAACCUUACCACGAUCCGAUGGAAAAAUUAAGAAUAUUGAGAUGCCUGAGGAUGUUUAUGUGAAGAGGUUCUUCAAAAAGUAUCCUGAUUCUUUAUAUCACGAUGCUGUAAGGUUUAACGGAUUUAGCCCCCCUCCUGCUCGUGUCUUUGCUUGGCGAGUUCUUGAACUGAAAGAGCAGGGAGUUACUGAAGAGGAAGCCAUGGCAGUGGCUGAUAUGGAAUACAUGACCGAGAAGAAAGCUAAGAAGAAGGCUUACUCUGAAUUGAAGAAGAUUUGUCGCCUCCAAGGAAAAAAGCCACCUCCAAACCCCUAUCCUAGUCCCAUCAAAGAGAUACAAGCAGAGGAGAAAAAAUACGUUAAGGAUCGUUUCUUUAAUCCCAAAAUUCUUGAAAUUGUGAAGAAAAUGAAGGCAGAGAAGGCUGCUGAAAUGCAAGAACGAAUGGCCAAUGCUUCUGGUCAGCCUUCUACUGGAAAUACACCCUGGUGAUUUACAUUUUCAAGCAACAAUAAAUCAAAUUUACAGUUUCUGCAAAGAACACAUCGCCAUCCUACAAAUUUCUAGGUUUGCUUUUACUAAAAUCUCUCUAUUUUCUUACAUAUUUACAUGAAAUUUUGGUUGCCUUAAUGCUUAAUUAACAUGUCUGGAGUCACUCCAAAUCCCCCCUGCAUUGUGUUGGCGUUGCAUUCCUGGAAUGAGAAAUUUUAAGGUCGAUUGAUUAUCCUUUGGAUGCAUAAAAAAUUGCACAACAUAUGAUUCUUAUUGUAUAAUGAUAUGAUUGUGAUUUUAAGAUAUUUAAUCAAACAUGAGUUGCUGUU